AUGGAUCCUAGUAAGAUUGACGGUAUAGUUGAAUGGCAGAAACCAAAGACAGUCAAGGAGAUUCGUGGUUUCCUAGGUUUGAUGGGGUAUUAUUGGAGGUUUGUGGAAGGAUUUGCCAGACCUCUUACAACUCUCACAAAGAAAGUAAUGUCAUUUCAGUGGUCAAAUGCUUGUGAGGCAAGCUUCCAAGAAUUGAAAAGAAAAUUUACUACUGCUUUAGUGUUAGCACUUCUAGAUGAGGGAGUUGAGUAUAAUUUGUAUAUUAAUGCCUCACACGAUGGUUUAGGAGCAAUGUUGAUGCAGUAA